AUGUCCUGCAGAAGUUACUGGAGUCUUUACAAGAGAACCACUUCCAAGAAGAUGAACAGUUUCUGGGAGCUGUUAUGCCAAGGCUUGGGCAGGAUAGCAUGUGCCAAUGUCCUCAGUGACCUCUAUGCAAUGGGGGUUACAGAAUGUGACAAUAUGCUGAUGCUCCUUGGAGUCAGUAAUAAAAUGACCGACAGGGAAAGGGAUAAAGUGAUGCCCCUAAUUAUACAGGGUUUUAAAGAUGCAGCUGAGGAAGCAGGAACAUCUGUAACCGGUGGCCAAACAGUAUUAAACCCCUGGAUUGUUCUGGGAGGAGUUGCUACAACUGUCUGCCAGCCCAAUGAAUUUAUCAUGCCAGAUAAUGCAGUACCAGGGGAUGUGCUUGUGUUGACAAAACCUCUGGGGACACAAGUUGCUGUCGCUGUGCAUCAGUGGCUGGAUAUUCCUGAAAAAUGGAAUAAAAUUAAGCUAGUAGUCACCCAAGAAGACGUAGAGUUGGCAUACCAAGAAGCAAUGAUGAAUAUGGCACGGCUCAACAGGACAGCUGCAGGACUUAUGCACACAUUCAAUGCCCAUGCAGCCACUGACAUCACAGGCUUCGGGAUCUUGGGCCAUGCUCAGAACCUGGCUAAGCAACAGAGGAAUGAAGUGUCGUUUGUGAUUCACAACCUCCCUGUGCUGGCCAAGAUGGCUGCUGUGAGCAAGGCCUGUGGGAACAUGUUUGGUCUCAUGCAUGGAACCUGCCCGGAGACAUCAGGAGGCCUUCUAAUAUGUUUACCACGUGAGCAGGCUGCUCGGUUCUGUGCAGAGAUAAAGUCCCCCAAGUAUGGCGAAGGUCACCAAGCAUGGAUUAUUGGGAUUGUAGAGAAGGGCAACCGUACUGCCAGAAUAAUAGACAAGCCCCGGAUUAUCGAAGUUGCACCACAAGUGGCCACUCAAAAUGUGAAUCCCACACCUGGUGCCACCUCCUAAUGUAGACAGAAAUAGCUAUUUGGUUUUGUUUUUAAAUAGAUCUAUUUCCUUUAUCAUCACUUCAAUUAAAGACUAUAAGCAACAACAAAAAUCUCAUUGUGUCUACACAUCUGGUGACCUUAGGUCGAUUGUGAGUGGAUACAAUUAAUAAAAUGAAAUCCAUGGCCUUCUUUUCCUGUUACAUUAACUGAAGAUGCACCUAAUCUUGAGGCAGCUUCUGAGUUGAGAAUUAUAUUGUUAUCCAAUACUGUUGAUUCAUUUUGAAUCUUUAGACACGUAUCUCUUGCCGCAUAGGCUCUUUCUAAAGGUGCUUUCACACAGCACAGACAUUACUGAGAGUAGUGUCACAUAACAGUUGUGUCUUUUCAUUAUAUGUGUAUUUAUCAUAUCAGUCUGGUCUUUUUUUGUAUCUUGGAUGGUAUUCUGGAAGGUUAGAUUUGGUAAGUGACAAGAUGGUCUCCUGGUAGUAAGAAGGUUGCAUGAUUCCUUUGCAUCUUUGAUUUGUAAAGCUGAGACUAAUMAUUCAAGAGCAUCUCUUUGACCCAGGACAUUCUCCAAUAGUGCAUUCAGUUUCACAAGGCAAGUGCUUCAGUCUGCAUGGAAAGCACUUUGAAGACAAAAAAGAAAUGUUAUUUCUUUUUGUAGCCUUCCUGAUAUUUACAAUAAUAUCAUUAACUUUUCUUUACUGAUAUAGCAAAAAAGAAUACUUUUUGCAAUGUAAUUAGAUGUUCUAUAGUGCAACAAGGAAUUGCCUUCCAAUAGGGAGUUCAUGUAUAAUACUCAUUUACAAUUCAAUAUAUAAUUAACUACGCAAAUAAUUUUUAAAUAUAAUCAAUAAUAAAGGCUGUUGUGUGAAUGGUAGUGUUUAAUACAUUUUAUAUUUUGUAUAGUGAUUUCAAGYCUUUUGUUUCCUUAAAAUCAGCAGCUCUUUAGCCUAAUUCCUAGCAUUGUUUUGUCCUUUGCGCUAGUACUUUUUUGUGCACGCUUUUUGUGAUCUGUUAAUCUGCAUUGCCAACAUUGCAGCUCGAACUUAAAACUUGUUAUUCAAAUAAAUAUUUAAUUUUUU